AUGACUUCCAACAAGACACUCUGCCUUGGCUAUGAUGGGAUCCAUCCCUUCUCCAAGGUUGAGAUCAAGGACCGUUCUUCAGUCCAAGAGCUCCUUCGUACUGUCCUUGAUCCUCUAGAGCCUUUCUUUUCACCUGGGAAGGCUCGUGUCAAGUGUCCAGGAGCAACAGCAGUCCGAUUUGACCAAACUGCCUCCGAGGUGGAAGGAAUAUGUCGUCCAAUGUGGGGAUUGGCUGCUUUGCUGGCGGGUGGUGGUGAUUAUGAUGGCAAAGAAUGGUGGAUUCAAGGUAUUAAGUCAGGAACCGAUCCGGAGAGUCCCGAAUACUGGGGAUACCCUCAAGACAACGAUCAAAGAAUGGUUGAAAUGUGCCCUCUCGGAUGGGCACUUGCUGUGGCUCCGGACUUUUGGGGUAGCUUGUCAGAUAAGGAGAAGAGUAAUGUUGAGACAUGGCUUGGAAACUCAAUCAACGAGAAGAAUAUGCCAAACACCAACUGGCUUUGGUUCCGAGUCUUCGCAAACCUGGGCCUGAAGAAGAAUGGCGGCAAAUUCUCCCAAGAGAGGCUUGACAGCGACAUUGAACACCUUGAAACCUUUUAUCGUGGAGGAGGCUGGUCAAACGAUGGCCCCGAAGGCAUCCACCAAAUGGACUACUACUCUUCGAGCUUUGCGAUCCAGCUGCUGCAGCUCCUUUAUGCCAAGUUGGCCGGGGAGGAGGACCCGAAGCGUGCUGAAGAGUUCAAGAAACGUGCACAUCAAGUUGCCCUGGACCUGAUUCACUAUUUCGACGAUGAAGGUAGGGCCAUCCCUUACGGUCGAAGUGUGGGAUACCGGUUUGCCAUGGUGUCUUUCUGGGGAGCCUUGGCUCACGCUGGUGUCGAGUUGCCUGCACCUUUAACCUGGGGUAUGGUCAAAGGAGUGGUUCUCCGACACCUGCGCUGGUGGCAGACGCAGAACGAUAUCUGGACGUCAAGCGGAACACUGUCGAUUGGGUACUCGUAUCCAAACAUGUAUAUGGCAGAGAACUACAACAGCCCAGGAAGCCCAUAUUGGGCCUGCCUCGCAUUCAUGUGUCUGGCUGCACCAGAAGAUCACCCAUUCUGGACAUCCGAGGAAGAAUCGGCGAGUGGUGUGAUUCCAAAAAUCAAAGCCCUGCACCAACCAGGCCAUAUUAUGAGUUAUCUCGGUGGUCACUGCAUGCUGCUCUCAUCAGGACAGGCUUGCAGCUACCCAAUGAAAGGAACGCAUGCCAAGUACGGCGGAUUCGCUUAUAGCAGUGCCUAUGGAUAUUCAGUCCCCCCUGGCCUUUUUUCAUUGGAGCAAUAUGCACUUGCAUCGCAACUCGGGCUGUCGGAUGAUGGGGGCGAGUAUUGGAAAACCCGAAGACUCUGCGAGUAUGCGGGGAUCGAAGACCGUGAAGGCAACCCUGUCCUCGUCUCGAUUUGGAAGCCGUUUCCGGAUGUCACGAUUCGCACCAUUCUGGUCCCCCCAGAAGAGAAAACACCAAACUGGCACCUGCGAGUUCACCAUAUCAAGAGUGCUCGUGAGGUCAUGACAGCAGAUGGUUCCUUUGCCAUCUGCAAUGUCAACACAACCAAUGGACGAUAUUUGGGCCCUUACGAUGAAGGAAAGCAUGAAGGAACAUCGCCCAAAAUCAUUGGAAACUACGAUUUGAAUACUCCCGAUGGCUGGACAAGCGGAAAGUUGGGGGCUUUUGCAGUAUCCAAGGGUGCUGUAGGGAUUAAAGCUUUGGACCCAACAGAAGGUCGUCAAGCCAUGCUGGUUAACGCGGACCCAAACUCGAAUCUCAUCGAGAGCCGAAGUACAAUCCCAACUUUACAACAUACAAUCAAAGCUGGUGAGUCGGUAUGGUAUGUCUCUGCCAUAUAUGCCAAGCCAUCGGGGGUUGGGGUGAGUAAAGAGAGCUAUCUCGAUGGAUGGAACAAGACCCCAGCUUUGCCAGGCUGGCUAGAGAAAGAGAUGAGUGCUUAA